AUGUAUUUCAAUGGCAAUGAAAAGGGGAUCCACAACAACGGCCUCAUUUACACCAGCGUGGAAAAGGUGCACAUAACAGAUCUCAGAAAAGCUACUACGGAAAAUGGACGGCAUAUAGAUUAUCUCCACUUUUUAAGCAAAAAAAAACGGCUUAAUAAGUUGGAAAGGCUGCUAAACAGCCACGUUAUAAACACUCAAGUCGUAGUGACCAAUUUUGCAGAUGAUGCAGAGGAAGUUAUAAACUGUGAGUACCUGCACCAAAGUAUGUGGAGAAAUAAAAUGUGUUUCUUUUUAAGGAAUGUUUUUUUAUCAAGUUUUUUUUCAAGUGAGUACGCCAAUAAUAUUCUUAGGGAGCACCAGCCAAGGGUCAUCUCCCUUAACUGCAAAUAUGACAAUAAAAUAUACAUGAGUGGCAGCUCCGUCUACCUGUGCGUUAACUAUUUGACCAAGCUGAGGUUGACUUCGCAUAGGAAUGUGCUCAAGGAUAGGUUCAAAGUGAGCAAUGUGGUACUACUGGACAUCUGUAGCGGGGGAAAGGCGCAAGCAGGAGGGGCUAACAGUGGGGAAGGCGGCAAUUCCAAGGCAGGAAAUUGGACAACUCCUAACAGGCAUGAUGCGACGGACGGGCCUUUUCCUGGAGCGGAAUCCCCCAGUGGAGACCCCAAAUUGAGGGAAAAAUAUCGCCAAUAUUUUACAGACAUGUACACAUACCCUGUCGACUUGAUCGGGUUAUACAACCAUGGAACGGACCACGAGAAAUUUCGUAAAAAAUUAAAAAAUAUAUUAACCCUUAACGGAUCCAAGGAUGCCAAAGUUUAUGCAAUCCCCGUUAAAUGGCAUGAAUGCUUUUACGAUGCGAAUGGGAGGAACCCAGCUUCCAAAAUAGGAAAGGGCGAUGGUCCACCUUCCAUCCACUGGGUCUCUGUUGACCCGCAUCAUAACAUCCGCAACGACGAAGGGGACAACUUAUCUCAUGCGUUUAAUAUGAACAGCGUAGCAGAUAUUUACAACAGCAUUUUUUCUAACUCGUCUGUAAACAAGAAGGGGGCACAUGUGAACAGUUUGAUAAAUAUGUACAAUAUGUACGGGGGGGGGGACGGUGGUCUCGACGUGGUGGUGAGUCCCAAGCAUGUCACAGAGAGUGAGCAUCGAAGCAGUGAGUGUCGAGAUAAUGACGGUCGAAACAAUGAAGGUCGACAAAGCGGGGGGAAGAACCCCCUAGGAAUGACAAACCAAUUCAAUUACUUGGAUAUACAGACGAGAGAGAGGAUCCGGGAGGUGCACCCUGUGUAUGAACUCGAUGUAGACUACAUAGAAAGGGAGUUCCUUUCCGGCCUCACCCGGGAUGGGGAAGUCACCCUCCAAGGGAACAAUAGGCAUGACGCCCAGCAGAAUGACGUUCACCAUAGUGUGCGCCGCAACCCGAACAACGUGGUGGAUUUGCACGACCUACUAGCGAGAAGUAAAGCCAACAAGAAGAAAAAAAGAUACUCCCUUGAUGAUAAAACAUUUUACAUUAACUAUGACUCGGGAAGCAGCUGUGAUGUGAGUUUAUCAGGCAUCCUUGGCAUAAACUGCGGGGCAGCCAAUGGUGCAUCAAAUGGUGCAGCGCCAAAAAGGCAGACCGGUGGAAGCACAUUAAACAUCUCUACAGAUGCGAGGAUAUUCAAAAAUUACUUAAAGGGGGAUCACCUGAAGAAGGGGAAAGUUGCCAACGGCGGAGAGGACACUCCGGAGGGGGGCACGAGAAAUUCCAUCCAAAGCGAAAUCGAAAAGAAGCCAAAAAAAACGCCUAUUGAGAAGCAGCGAAUGGAAAGUAGCUCCGGAAAAAAUGACGACGCCGCUGUGGAAGAGGCGAAACUGCGAAAGAUCGACAAAGUGCUGGAUUUUUUAAAAAGUCAUAGGAACCACUAUUAUAGGGUUAACGAGAGGGUACUACAGAGGGAGUGUCUGUAUAACUUCAUGAGCUGUGUCUCGAAGGAGGACGAAAUGGGAGGUAUUCCAAACGGAAUUGCAAGGGGGGCCCCAAGUGGGGACCCCCACGAAGCUGCUUCCCAUACAAAGAGCAGGCAGGACGCAGUUGCAAACUACCUAGUGGAGUACAUAGGGAGAAUUCUCCUGGAUGUAAAAAUAAAUCACGAAGAAAACGCACAUAUGUUUAUUAAAAAGGAAAAAAAUUUUUACCAAGUACAAAAAAUAAUUCUUACGAAUGGCAUAAUUAGCAGCUCCUGCAUUCGUGAUACAUGCAACUUCCUGAUUGGCCAAUUGGUUAACAGGAAAGCCAGAGAAAGACCCAAGCUGUGCUACGUUGUGUCCUUCUGGGGAGAGUACUGCAGCUUUAUCCAUUUUGAUAAGCCCUCUCAGGAGAUGUGCAGCCAAACCUGCAUGCACCUCUUUUUUUUCUGUUCCCCGGAGACGAUAUACAUAACGCUGUUGAAUACCCAAGACCGAGUAUUUUGA